CGCACUCACGUGUUGGCGACAUCAACAAAAUCUUCAAUCUCGUCCUCUCGAACACCUCCCCCCAUCUCCCGCCGCUAGCCCGUUCACCGUGGCCUUUGCUGUCCCCCGUGCUUAUUCUUACUUUUGUCUCCUAUACCGCCCUUGCCUCUCUGGAGCGCGCCGACCGAGAAUCUAUUCUAAUCCGGCGUCCAUGCUCGCUUAUGCGUCCCCCGCAUCCCCCUUCCCAGACGGCGCGAAAUACUCCAAAGACCUCGAUUCCUUCAACAAACUCCUGCCGCCACCGAUAGAAUUCGUAGAAGGGUCGUCGUCUGGAGCCCUAGCCGUGCCUGAGGGCAAAUACGAUCCUAUAAACGCCACCCCCAAGGCGUCUAAAGCAGAUGCUGUGCGCCCCUCUUCCAUCGCUGCUCGCCCAUCCACGCCCACGACCCCCAAACCCACCGCUGCAUCAACACCCCGGGUGAAUGGCAAGGCGCCGUCUCUAUAUCCCGGCAUUAUCGACCUGACAUGGCCACCGAAUGUGUCUUCAUCCGGAAGUGGCUUGUACAACAGCGGCAACACAUGCUUCCUAAACAGCGCCCUGCAAUGUUUACUGCACACUCCUCCGCUUCUCCGACUGUUAUACGAGCACGCCCAUGGUCGAUGUCCCGUGAAGGACAACGCGUUCUGUAUGACAUGCAGCCUCGGGAAAGUCGCAUCCCAGGCGUACAGCAAUCGAAAUGCGUUCAUGCCGCAAGCUGUGUCCGGGAAGCUACAAACAAUCGCGAAGCACAUGCGACGGGGACGUCAAGAAGAUUCGCACGAGUUUCUUCGAUACGCCAUCGAUGCGCUGCAAAAGUCUUGUCUUGCAGGACAACCUCCGUGCGUGUCUCCUUUCUCUAGACUCUUGACUUAGGUCUAUAACCGUACGCAGAAAAUUGGACCCUAAGUUGGCUGAGACGACCUGGGUGCACAAGUUGUUUGGCGGCAGACUACGUUCACGAGUUAAAUGCACCGAGUGUGGGCAUAACAGCGACACAUUCGACAGCAUCCUGGACCUGAGCGUGGACAUCUUGAACACGAACAGCGUCAAGCUAGCUUUGCGCAAGUUUGUGGCGGUCGAGUAUCUCAAGGGGCAGGACAAGUACAAAUGUGAAAAAUGCAAGAAGCAUGUGGUCGCGGAGAAGAGCUUCACGAUACAAGAGGCGCCGGCGGUGUUGACGAUGCACUUGAAACGGUUCACUCCGAUGGGCCGCAAACUGACUCACUUUAUCGACUACGAGGAACGAUUGGCACUGAAACCAUACAUGAGCGACGGCUCAUUCGGCCCAUCGUACUCGCUGUACGGCGUGAUCUGCCAUGCCGGUGGUGGGCCCAACUCGGGACACUAUUUCUCUUACGUGAAAGACUGCCGUGGGCAGUGGCACGAGAUGAACGACGAGUCUGUUACGAAGGUUCCACACGCGCCGCUGAAGCAGAAAAACGCGUACAUCCUCUUUUACCUGCGGGACAGAGGGCAGGGUCUCGAUGCGGCAGUGAACCUUCCACCCAGCGCAAUGGUGCCGCGCCAGAGCAUCGCCAAGAACAUGAAGAAGCGAAAGGCUUCCGAGGAUGGACACGAGGACGAGGGUGUCAAGGUCACUAAACCCUUUAUUGGGCCGCGCAUGCCUUCUCCGGACCGGAUCUCGACGCCGAAGAAGACAGCAGAGAAACCCAACGCAACACCUGCCAAAGCCGAUCCGCAAGCAGAGCGUGUCCGUCAAAAGAUCGAGGCUGCGCAAACGAGCAAAGCCUUGGAUGGUCUCGAGGCAUAUGGAUCUGACUCGAGCGACAAGGAGGACGACGGGCCUGAGGAACUGGCCAAUCCGAAAACGGUUGUGGGAGUGCAACCUCCGCCGACUGGUACCUCACCGCUACCUCCGUCUUCCCCUCUGCCGACGUCGGCUACCACUCCGAGUCGAUCCUCAACGACAGACUCCAAUGCUGCCAACUCCGUUCGAACGCCCAUUUCAACGACUAGCUUCUACGGUGGCCCAAGUUCUUCACACAAGCGCAAGCACUCGGAAUCCUUCGGCAAGGAGCGCCGUUCGUCUGCUGCCAGUUUCAAUCCGUUCGACAAGAGUCGACUCACCAACGGCCGGAAGAAACCGAGACCGUUGUGAGCAUAGUUUGCGAGUUAACGUACUUACAUACAUAGACUUGGUCGUCCGUACAUGUAUGUAGUAUUGAGUUAUCCUUGGACUUGAGUCGCCUGGCA